GUGCUCAAGAUCGUCGCGCCUGUCCUCAUCGCUGUCCUCGUUUACUAUGCCUAUACCUGGGAAAGCUUCUCCGAAGUGCAGAACAUCUGCAUCAUGGGUGGCUGAUGUUGACCAUCUCCUUCUCUCUCUCCAGAAAUGGUGCGAGGGAAACGGGUCCUGGUGACGGGAUCAAGCACAGGGAUAGGGGAACAAAUGGCUUAUGAGUUCGCGUGGAUGGGGGCCCAUUUGAUGCUGACAGCAAGGAAUGAGACACGCCUCCAGAAGGUAGUCCAGAAUUGUCUGAAACUGGGAGCCGCCUCUGCUUCGUACGUCGUUUCAGAUAUGAGUGACUUGGCUUCUGCCCGGAAUGUUGUGGAAGAAACCAAGAACGUCUUGGGGGGGCUUGAUCUGCUGGUUCUGAAUCAUGUCGGUGGAAAAAUUGGUUUUGGCCCGUACCAAGGAGACAUGGAAUCUGUGAUCAGCUCCAUGACGGUCAACUUCUUCAGCUACGUCCAGGUCACCGUGUCAGCCCUGAGCAUGUUGCAAGAGUCCCGUGGCAACAUCAUCGUGGUAUCGUCCAUAUGCGGCCGCCUUCCAGCCCCUUUCUCCGUUCCAUAUGCCGCCAGCAAAGCUGCGCUGGAAGGAUUCUACAGCUCCUUGCGCACAGAGCUGCGCCUUCGAGAAAUCAACAUGCCCAUCACGGUUGCCGUGUUGGGGUACAUUGACACAGACUCAGCUGUGAGGAUGGUAGAAGGCAAGAUCUCCAUGAAGCCAAGUUCGAAAGAGCUCUGCGCCCAGGCAAUCGUGAGGGGCGGCGUCAUGAGGGUGAGGGAAGUUUUCUUUCCUUACUGGCUCACGAAACCUUUGAUGCUCCUCAGAGAUUGGCUGCCAGGAGACGUGGACCAGAUAAUGAGCAACAGCUACAUUCUGGAGAAAAUCCUCUGAGAAUUAUUUGUGGGGAAAGUGGAUUAUGAAAAGAAUUAUGAGUGGGAAAGCUACAAGUUCUGGUGCUGCAAAUUAUGGGGGGGGGGGUGCUUCCCGGUGCAUUUCUCAAUCUCUCUCUCUUGAAUAUUCAACAGUGUUUUAAGUACAAAUCUCUCCUAAUAAACACAUUUUUGUGUGCAGUUCUAACUCA